GUUCAGUUCUUGAUAGUUCUAAUCUGCUCAGCAGCCAGGUUGCAAGCUUGGAACUCGAAGGAAUAAUUUGACUAGAGAAAUGGGUCAGUGUUGCAGCAGAGCUACGGCCCCGGAUUCUGGACGGGGAGUUACCAAUGGGUAUGGCUAUUCUAACCAGGCAAAGCCAGCACAUACACCCCAGUUACAAUGCUCCUCCGCCACCGACUGAGGUACGGUACACGCCGCCGGCGAUGAACCCUCCAGUAGUCCCACCUGUAGUUGUCCCACCGAAGCCCACAGGGGACACAAUUCUUGGCAAGCAGUACGAGGAUGUGCGCACAGUCUACUCCCUUGGGAAGGAGCUUGGCCGGGGCCAGUUCGGGGUGACAUACCUCUGCACAGAGAUUGCCACAGGCAGGCAGUACGCCUGCAAGUCCAUCUCUAAGCGCAAGCUCACCAGCAAGGCAGAUAGGGAGGACAUCCGCAGGGAGAUCCAGAUCAUGCAGCAUUUGUCCGGACAGCCAAACAUUGUCGAGUUCAGGGGAGCGUAUGAGGAUAAGAGCAAUGUGCAUGUGGUGAUGGAGCUCUGUGCAGGUGGCGAGCUAUUCGACCGGAUCAUUGCUAAGGGGCACUACACAGAACGGGCAGCUGCUACAAUCUGCAGAGCAGUUGUGAAUGUUGUGAACAUUUGCCACUUCAUGGGAGUGAUGCACCGUGAUCUGAAGCCAGAGAAUUUCUUGCUCGCAACUAAGGAGGAGAAUGCAAUGCUCAAGGCCACUGAUUUUGGGCUUUCGGUCUUUAUUGAAGAAGGAAAGAUGUACAGGGACAUUGUUGGAAGUGCUUAUUAUGUUGCUCCUGAAGUCCUUAGGCGUAGCUACGGAAAAGAGAUAGAUGUUUGGAGUGCCGGUGUUAUGUUGUACAUUCUUCUCAGUGGCGUGCCUCCAUUUUGGGCUGAAACCGAAAAGGGGAUAUUUGAUGCUAUUCUGCAUGAGGAGAUUGACUUUGAAAGUCAACCUUGGCCAUCAAUUUCUGAGAGUGCUAAAGACCUGGUUAGGAAGAUGUUGACACGAGAUCCAAAGAAAAGACUUACUUCGGGUCAAGUUCUUCAACAUCCUUGGCUCAGAGAAGGUGGAGACGCAUCUGAUAAGCCUAUUGACAGUGCUGUUCUUUCUAGAAUGAAGCAAUUCAGAGCAAUGAAUAAGCUGAAAAAGAUGGCUCUGAAGGUUAUUGCUUCAAACCUUAAUGAGGAAGAGAUCAAGGGCUUGAAGCAAAUGUUCAUGAACAUGGACACAGACAACAGUGGUACAAUCACAUACGAAGAACUCAAAGCAGGAUUAGCCAAACUUGGAUCAAAGCUGUCAGAAGCUGAAGUAAAGCAGUUGAUGGAGGCUGCUGAUGUUGAUGGGAAUGGAUCCAUUGACUAUGUUGAGUUCAUCACUGCCACAAUGCAUAGACACAAGCUCGAACGAGAUGAGCAUUUGUUCAAGGCAUUCCAGUACUUUGAUAAAGAUAACAGUGGCUUCAUCACAAGAGAUGAGCUAGAGUCAGCUUUGAUCGAGCAUGAGAUGGGCGACACGAGUACGAUAAAGGAGAUCAUAUCAGAAGUUGACACGGACAAUGAUGGAAGAAUUAACUAUGAGGAAUUUUGCGCUAUGAUGAGAGGAGGGAUGCAGCAGCCGAUGAGGCUCAAGUAGCAUGUUCCCAUUGUAGAAACGGUGUACCAUUAGUAACUGUUUUUUGCUCUUUUUCCUUCAUGGUUGGUACUUGGUAGCUGGAUGAAGGCUUACAAUGGACGUUGCUUUUGCAUUGUUGAGAGAUGAUUGUGUAUAUCUUUUUUGCUCGUGUUUUUUUGCCUUGUAGUAUCUUAAUGUCCCUUUCUUCUGUUUAUUGAAGUUCAUCUAAUAAAAAGUGCAUUUUGCAUCUUAA